AUGGAAUCAUUCAUCAUCAAGACCCCCAGCUCCAGCGCAAACAUUGGCCCCGGCUUUGAUGUCAUUGGUCUUGCUCUGUCUGUCUACCUUGAGCUUCACGUAACCAUCGAUCGGUCAAAGACAAAGUCCGAGCACCCACUCAACUGCAAGAUCACCUACGAGGGAGAGGGCGAGGAUGAGAUUAGCCUUGACCCCCAGGUCAACCUUAUCACACGUGUAGCACUCUAUGUCCUGCGCUGCAACGACCAGAGGGCGUUCCCUGUUGAGACCCACGUGCAUGUCAAGAACCCCAUCCCUCUAGGUCGUGGCCUUGGUAGCUCAGGUGCCGCUGUUGUUGCUGGUGUUGCUCUGGGCAAGGAAGUUGGAGGAUUGAAGCAUCUCGACAAUGACCGACUAUUUGACUACUGUCUCAUGAUUGAGAGACAUCCUGACAAUGUCGGAGCUGCCCUCUACGGAGGUUUUGUCGGAACAUACCUCAAGCCCUUGACUCCCGAAGACGUUGCCCGAACCGAAAUUCCGCUUAGCGAAGUUCUACCUGCGCCAGCCGGAGGUGAGGACACGGGCAAGAAGCCGCCGAACCCUCCCUACGGAAUUGGUCACCAUAUCAAGUUCCCAUGGGCCAAGGAGAUCAAGGCUGUUGCCAUCAUCCCUGAUUUCCAGGUUGCUACACAUGCUGCACGAGGAGUGCUACCUGCGAACUACACUCGUCCCGAUGUGGUCUUCAACCUGCAGAGAAUUGCUCUUCUGCCCGUCGCCCUGGGCCAGUCCCCUCCCGAUCCCGAGCUCAUCCAUCUUGCCAUGCAAGACAAGAUUCACCAACCCUACCGCCAGACUCUCAUCCCCGGUCUGACUGAGAUCGUCGAAACAAUGUCCCCAAAGACUGACGAAGGCUUCCUUGGUGCCUGUCUGUCUGGUGCCGGUCCUACUAUUCUGGCUCUUGCCACGCACAACUUCGAGGCUAUCGCCGCCAAGAUUAUCGCCAAGCUGCGAGAACACAACGAGAAGAAGGAUCUGCCGUGCCAAUGGAUGGUACUUGAACCUGCUGAGGGUACCCAUGUCAUUCGCUCAUGA